UAAUAAAUAAAUUGAUGCGAAUGAAGGUUUAUAGAAUGAACUAAAUUUUUUACCAUUUCUACGUUUCAUAUUUCAUUUUAUCUACUGAUCUUAUAUUUAAUGAAAUGUAGUAAUUGAAUUUCUAAGCACAAUAAUUACAAUUGUUUCUUUUGUUUAACGUCAAAACAUUAAAAAAAUUUACGGAAUAGAAUAGUGGAAUUUGAUAAUUAUCAAGAUGAUGCUCACAAUUCAUGGCUUACCUCUGGCUACGAAAUAUCAUGAUGUUAAAGUUGUUAUAAAACGUGAAUGUAACCUCGCCGACUUCAUACUGGAUAAUUUAGUUAGCGAUGAAGAUGGAUGUAAAAAAAUCAGAAUUGGCGUUGCGGACGAGUCGGAAGGCGCUCAUUUGAUGAAAUGUUUAAAUGGAUACAGGAUGGGCGGACAAAUGUUAAGGGUAGUGCCUGUUGGUAAAGCUUCAUUGAACUCAGCUCCACAGCCGGCCUUUGAACAGAGGGACAACUUUCCACCAAGAAAUGAUUAUCUCAGUCAUAUGACAGAUUACAAUCAGUCUAGACCAAGUCAGCCUACACAACCGUGGGCAACUAACCAAUGGCCACAAAAUCAAUCGGCAAAUACAACAAAUAAUUUUAAUUAUCAACAAUCAACACCAAACCAGCCUUAUAUACAUCAGCAGCCACAGACACAGAGGAUGGUGCAACCCUUUUCCAACAGGAUGCCUGUACAGGAACCUAUGUAUACAGGUGGAGUGCGACCAAUGGCACCAAAAGCACUAAUGCCUGACCCACAACAACCACAUCAUAUGGAUUCUCGCUCACAUGUGUUGCGCAGUAUUGAGAUUGUCGAUCAGCCAGUUAAUCGUGCAAAUGUGUCCGCACGUUACCCUGGCAAUCAAAAUUAUGAACAGCAGAAACCGAUAACAAUAAUGAAAAACAACUUCCAAGGGCCAACACAGUACCCUGGCGGUCAACAGAAUGCAUCACAGAACUAUCCCAUUCAAAGCCAAGCACCAACAUGGCAACUCCAAGGCGCUCAACAAAAACCACACCCCUUUUCAAAAGAUAAUCCGCCAUUCAAACCUCAAUAUGAUGAUGAUAGAAAAUACCCGGACAGACAUUCUAGUACGAAAAAUCCUGAAAACCGCGAUUUGUCCAACUAUGAGAAAUCUCGCGGUUUCUCACCGCGUCGAUCUCCAAUGGGUAGAGGUAUGUCUCCAGGACGAAAAAUGUCUCCUGAUCGAAAUAUUCAUCGCCUCCAUGGCGGUUCAGAUAGGAGAACCCUUAUCGGUCCAGAUGGGAGGCUCCAUGACCCAGAUGGGAGAUCCCACGGUCAAGAUGGCAGAUCCCACGGUCAAGAUGGCAGAUCCCACGGUCAAGAUGGCAGGAACCGUGGUCCGGAUAAAAGGCCUCAUAGUUCAGAUGGAAGGUCUCAUGGUCCAGAUGGGAGACCCCAUGGACCAGAUGGAAGAUCCAAGGGUCCAGAUGGAAGACCCCAUGGACCAGAUGGAAGAUCCCAGGGUCCAGAUGGGAGACCACGUGGUGGGCCUGAAGGAAGGCAUGGACUACUAGGUCCGGGUGGAAGGCCCCUCGCCGGACCAGAUGAGAGGAGAAUGUCACCAGGAAAAAGAGGUAUUCUAUCCGGUAGAAGAAGCCCGCCAUCUGAUAGAAGAACUUCGCCAUCCAGCAAGAGGGUUUCUCCAUCUGAAAGAAGAUUUUCGCCACCUGGUAGAAGAAUUUCGCCACCAGGUAGAAGAAUUUCACCACCUGGUAGAAGAAUCUCGCCAUCAGGAAGACGAAUGUCACCUUCCGGUAGACAGAUGUCACCACCCGGUAGAAGAAUGUCACCCAGUCGAAGGAUAUCGCCAUCUGGCAGAAGAAUAUCACCAGGUCGCCGCUUGGCUGAGCGGACGGGUCCCCCGAAUCACCGCCUCGAGUCACCGCCGCGUCCUCCACCAUCGUCGAGGUACUCACCGUCCCGCCAUCACUCUGACAAGUUAGACAGCGCCCACUCCAUUCCAAAGCAAGUGAGGCCAGCGUACGAACCGGAUUCACAGGCACCAAAUCAAGCUAUGUACUCAGGUGGCUAUCGUCCGAAUAUCCGUGAGAAUGUCCAAUACCCAAAACCUGGUGGACGCCAGGGGGAACAUCAUCACUCACCGUGGCAAGAUCGGGAAAAUCCUGUAUUUUCCUCAAAGAAGCUAGAAGAAGACAGAAGAGAGAGGAUGCCUAUGUCUAGAGGCUCCGACCGGUUACUUGAUCACGGCGUUGAAUUGAAACGACAACCCUCGCCACGCAAAUCACGCUCACCUGGCCGUCGUGAUCGUUCACCACUCAGAGAUCGUUACAGACGCCACUCACCGUCCCCUCGGUCGCCACGUCGCUCCUGGGCACUAGAAAAACGUCGAAGCCCUGUUGAAGCUCCACCGCCGCCCAUUUGGCCCGGACCAAGUACACAUGAUGAAGAUAAAUAUACAAGGUCUGGUCGACCGGACUUUCACGACAAAGAUGAACCAAGCAAACCCAUGGUUUGGGAGCGACCUACUUUUCACCAAAAGAACGAAGACCCUCAUCGCGAUAGGCGUUCAAUUCCAGAAGCAUUCGGAGAUGAUUCGAGUAAACUGCGCAGAGAUUUGGGAGAAUUCCCUAAAAGAGACCAACCUAAAUUUAGUCCACGUGAAGAUUUCCGUCGGCAAGAGAUAUCCGAACAAAAGCGGCAUAGCGAUAGGGAAGAAUAUCGAGAAUUUCCAUCGCAUUCUGAACGCGAGGCACGUGGUAACAUGAGGAGACAGGAGUUACUUCGACGGCCUGAGGAGAGAUUAGAAGACUACAGAAAAAGGCAGCAAAUAUUCGAUAAGGAACUCGAUGAUGUUUAUAAUAGAGCGGUCGAAUUUGCCAAGAAAACUGAUGAGAUGCGCAGAGAAGAUCGUAGGAGAGCUGCUUCUGACGAGCGUCGUCGUGAGGAUACGCAAAGGGAAGAGAGGCAUUUCCACCGCGAAAAGGAACCGCGCCGGGACUUCCACGAUGCCCGUCCAGAAGACCGUCACUCAAGGCACGAGGAACGCCCAAGAUCUCGUUACUCGGACGAAUAUAAUAGAGAGAGCCGGGAAAGAGAAUGGAAUACGGGAAACGUUAAGAAGUGGACUAUUUUAGACCCUGAGGUGAAAAUCAAAAGGGAUAAGGCAAGCGAGGAAAUUUGUAAUAAAAUUUUGCAAAAGCAUCUUAAUGUGAUACACAGUGAAGAGAUGAAACAUCACAUCACAGAACAAUUGAAGGGUGUCCUGUUUAAACGUUUACACGAAAUGUUCGGGAAUGACGAUGUGUCAUUUAUCGAGAUGGUUAUAAAGUUCAGUAGCAGUAUUGCUGGGAAGGAGGAAGAUAAAUUAUUUAAUGACGCGAUGUCAAAAUUGCCACCUCAGUUAAGAUACUUGAAACGUUCAGCUCCAGAAACAUCUGAAGUCCCUGCGAAGACUUUUAAGCAUUCUUCUGAUCCUAACUUGAAUGAUUCUGCCUCAGUGCAAAUGCAAACAUACAGUUGGAAUCUCAACACUCCAUUAACAGAUCCAGUAAUGAAUGUGGAUUAUGUCACCCCUCUACCAGUACCACCAGUUCUUGAUAUGAAUACCCUCAUGACAACUGGCUUUUUGUCGACCUUUGAAACAGUUCCAUAUGUAAACCCAUCCGCAGUUCAAAGUUUCGAAGAUACAAAGCCAGUUCAAAAAGAAGACGACGGAUUUCACUUGUAUCUAUGCAAAGACGAUUUCGAACAGUUUUUUGAUGUCGAUAUGGAGAGUUUGAAAGAAUUUUUAGUGACCAAAAUAUUUAAGGUAACUGAAUCGUCGGGUGGUUGGGCUCCCAAUUUCACGUUUAAAGGUUUGCAGAGCAAUCAUCGCUACGAAUUGGUCACGGACGACCCUAUGUCGAGGGAGUGGCUAAUCAGAUUGGAUUUCAGCGAAUUUACAAGGUUCAAUGUAUUGGUAUACACUAACGAGGAGCUGUGGUAUGAACGCGCCGCUAUCUGGUUGCCCGGUCAUUCCAGGUAUCGCUUCGAAGAGCCUUUCGUGAAACUCCGACUUCAGAACCGGAACACCGAGCAAUUAAAUAUAGGUAAGUGGAAGUUAGUCAAGAAGAUCGUUACUGUUAAGGGAACGAGACUGUACGUGGACAUGCCACCGUCAUCGGCCAGAGUUCUCGAGAAAAACAAAAUGAUGCUCAGCUACGAAUUGCAAAAAGUUAAUGUAAUCUUAAGAGUGGCCGCGGUAGACAAAGACGCAUUCGACGCUGGCUUGCUCGAACAAUCGGUGUUGUCCAAGGAGGCCAUACGGUCUGCGAUUGCGAAUUCACCCAUGCCCUCACUAAACCAAAAUGACCCGAAAAUUAUUAAGAUAGAGCUCAAGGGAAGCAAAACACUAACAAUACAGCAAGCAAGGAAAAUAAAAGAAAUGGUCAUAUACAACAUGUUCAAGUACCACGAAGAUGGCGGUGAAAAUAGAACCGAUUUUGAAAAAUACGGAUUCUGUUCACCGAACCAUUUCGGGGUGCUGCCAGCUAACCCCGAAUCAAAGAGGUGGCUGCUCACCCGCAAUAUAGGCAAGCUGAACCGGCGACCGGUAGUAGUGGUUGGUGGGGAUGAUAGGAACAUUCGAUUUUUCACCAUGUACGUAACUGUUCCGUACGAGUCCAACAAAAACAUGUCACUUAUCACCGAGCGCUUGAAACAAAGUAACCAAGGUGUGAAGAACCUUAAUUUUAAUCUAUGGAAGCCGAAACACAUUACUGUACUCAAAAACAAGAGCCAACUUGAAGUAGAUAUCGAUAUGGAAUCUGUGGAAACGAUUAUAACGAUGAACUUCACGCUGGAUUACUUGCUAGGGGACAGGACGACCAUUACCCACACCGCACAUUUUAGGCCAAAUAUAUCGAAAGAUAAACUGAUGGAUACCAUAAAAAAAUAUAAAUCGGAACAAAUGGACAGUUACGUUGUUGCAAACAUGGAGUUAGAUUCCGACUCAGACGAUGUCGAAUGUUUGGGUGAAGUCUACAAUUAAGUACUCGUAUUAGUCGUUGCGAGGAAAUUUCCACAUCAGCUAAGAUUUGAAUGUUAGCUUAAGAAUUAUUUAUAAUUGUAUAUCAUCAGAAAUUACUGUUUUGGUUUGUGACUAAUAAAGUAUAAUUACGUCUUAUAA